AUGAGGGAUGCUUUGACUGAGGCACAACACCAAUAUAUUUUAAAUAAACUUGAGAGCGGUGAGAUAUCUAGAGGAAGGUGCUUGCACCAAUCAUAUAGUCUCACCAGACCCGAAGAUACUAGAUGGGGUUCACAUCAUACUACAUUACUUCGUUUGGAUCAAAUGUGGUCCUCAGUGUUAAAUGUGCUCAGUAUGGUUGAUGAAGAUGAACGUGGACCAUCUCAAGCAGUGGGUUUAAUAGAAAAAAUGGAGAACUUUAAAUUUGCUUUUAUUUUGAAGUUAAUGCUAAAGUUGUUUGGUAUCACAAACAAACUUUCAAAUGUCUUGCGAAGAAAAGAUCUUAAUAUUGUGAUUGCCGUGGAAUUAGUUGAUGAUGUCAAAGCUCGGUUGGCCACAAUGAGAGAUAGCGGUUGGGAUAGUUUAUUUUCCGAUGUCCAAGAAUUUUGUGUUGCUAGAGGUAUUCCAGUUCUAAAUAUGGAUGACGAAAUACCGGUUCGGGGUCGUUCAAGGGUAGAAGGGAGGACUAUAACUAAUCUUUAUCAUUACCGUGCAGAGAUGUUUUAUGUUGCUAUUGACAAAAUAUGUGUGGAGAUGGAUCACCACUUUAGUGAAGGAAGUAACAUUAUCCUUGAUUGUUUCUCAUGUCUUGGCCCCAAUAACUCUUUCUCUAAGUUUGAUGUUGAUAAGCUUGCUCGCCUUGCUGAUAUUUAUCAUGCAGACUUUUCUGAUGAUGACCGUGAAACAAUAAAGGAUCAACUUGAGACUUAUGUUCUUCAAGUGAAAAGAAAUGCUUCAUUUUCCACUUGUGAAGAUGUUUAA